AUGUUUCUGCUCGUCUCUCGAGGUCGUCUUUCUCACAAUAUCAGCGGUUUUUUCAUACCCAGAAGAUAUCGAUAUAAGAAAAAAUGGGCCACACAUUUGAAGGAAAAGACAAACACAGACCAUGCACUUGAAUAUUUUGAUGUUUACCACAGGCCACUCUACGGCAAAUUUUGGCCCUCAAUCCGCAUUUCCUUGCUCUCUCAACAGAAAUAUGGUGCCCUCGUUAAUAACUUUUCUCUCGAUGAAAGUAUAGUCAGCAGACUCAAGCGCCUGAGUGCUUUUGAUAUUAUCCAGCAAGCAAAGGACACCAAACCACUUGUUAAGGAGAAUGUAAUUCCCAUAAAGAGUGAAAUCACAAAAGAGGAGGAAACUUUUAAAUUUGAUCCUGAAGUAAAUGAAGAGCCUGAAAACUUGCACACUUUUAUGCCUGUAAUGAAAGUACAUUCAGAAAAACAGUUGCUUAGGCAAGAAGAGGAAGAACAGAGCAUUUAUGUACCUAAAGACAUUGUGAAGACUGUCCCCUGUUCAUCUACAAGUCUCCCAGAAAAUUUGAAGUUGUAUACAUAUGAUUUGGGAAAUGUGAAUAGUUUCCCAAGACCAAGCCUUGCCAAAACUGGUCUUCUUGAGUACUAUUUGCUUGAUGCUGCAUCCAUUUUACCUGUGGUUGCCCUUAACCUUGUUCCAAAUGAUUAUGUCCUUGACCUUUGUGCUGCUCCUGGUGGUAAAAGUCUGGCCAUCUUACAAACACUCUUAACAGAAAAUCUGGUUUGCAAUGACAUUAGCCGAAGUAGAAUGCAGCGCUUAGUGAGUGUUUUGAAGUAUUAUACAAACAGAAACAAGGAAAACUCUUCUAUAAAAGUUACAUGCAAGAAUGGUUUAGAAUUCACUGAGCCAAUAUUUGAUAAGGUUCUUGUUGAUGUACCUUGCAACUCAGACAGACAUGUUCUUCUGGAUGAAGAAAACAACCUUUUCAAACCAGGACGAAUUGAAGAACGCAUAAGAAUCCCUAAAUUACAAAGUGACCUUUUAGUAGCUGGAAUUAAAAGCUGUAAACCUGGUGGUUCAGUGGUAUACAGUACUUGUACAUUGUCAUUCUCUCAGAAUGAUGGUGUCAUCCAAUCAGCAUUUGAAACCAUCUGGACAGAGACCAACAUCGAUAUAGUUGUGGAGGAUAUCCAGCCACUUUUAAGUCAUUUCCAUAACACUUUUGCUUUCUAUCCAAACUGCAGGAAACCAAACAAUUUGUUGGUGCAAAAGAAAAAGUAUCAGUCAUUCGGUUCAACAAGCAGGCAUUUAUUCCUACUUAAAAACACCACCACAGAGGACCCCGAAAAUUCCGGAUCCCAGUGGAUCGCCGUAACCAUCAGCGGCAGGGAUAGUCCGGAUUUCGACUUCACCGCCCAGUUGAGCCCAGCGCAAUUAGUCUCAUCAACUUCUUUACUGCCCUCUGCUAAAGAAAGUGGUAGAUUUACUACUGCUAACGCUAACCAUCCAGUGUCAGCACCAUGUCUGUUGCCUUAUUCUAUCAAACAACAGCACCAUCUUCAUUAUUCCCAGCAAAGCAGCUCCCUAACUAUCCAACAAACCGGCCCACCUGUACGAAAAAAUACCGUUUCUUCAGGUCUCAAUCACAACAAAUUAUCAGCAUUGCAACAGACUUUAAUUAACAGAACUUUAAUCGACUUUCCUAACGGUGACAAGAAUUUUAACGUAACAGUUCACGGGGACGAUAACAAGAAUUGCUGCGCGUGUGGCGGCAAUUGUUCUGAGGACCAGGUACGGCACGUCCAUAGCUGUGUGUGUCGUGUCAUAACAGGGCAGCAGAACGAAAAGGCCAAGUGUAAUUCCAGCAGCGGCUGUGAGCAAGUUAAGCAAAACUGGCGGGCAGGAUCUCAUUCAGACCAGUCUGUAGCACAUUCCUUUGGCAAAAUGCCACUCCAAAGAGCAGCCAUGUUCCAACUUGGUAUGCUGCUUAUGGUGGUGCCUCUCCAGUUUCUCAUCACCAAAAUGUCAGCAACCACAGAGUCCCAGAGGGUUGAUCAGUUGAGGAGUGUAAUGAAAGCAGUGUCCGGGUUCAGUCACAAAUACUUAUCUUGGAAUUCAUGGCAAAAAUGGAGCUCCACCUUUUUCCAAAAAGGCAUUCCACCUAUGUCCCAAAGUAAAAAAUCAGAUGAUGAAGAGAAUUUAUAUACAAAGGCAAAGACCCGUAAUGAUUAUUUUGCACUUCUACACAACCAAGAACAUAAAAUUUGGGGAUAUCGAGGAGUGAUCAUUGGCUGGGAUGAAGUAGCAGUCGCACCUGUAUCUUGGAUGAACAUGAACCAUCCACCUGACAAACCUCACUGGCGAACAAUGCCAAACUAUUCCAUUUUAGUAGAUACACGUGACCGAUUACCUCCUCAGAUCACUUAUGUGCCUCAAGAAAACAUAGAAAUUGCCUCUAAAACUCAGAUAUUCCACCCAGAAGUUGAACACUACUUUGAAAAGUUUGAUGGAGAUCGCUACUUACCACAGCCAUCUGUUCGCAGAAUUUAUCCUUAUGACUGA